AUAUAGUGAAUGCAGGGUCCAGGGAGAGCGGAUAUAGAGAAAGCAGGGUCCAGGGAGACCAGAAAUAGUGAAUGCCGGGUCUGGGGAGAGAGCAGAUAUAGUGAAUGCGAAGUCCGUGGAGAGCGGAUAUAGGGAAUGCGGUUUCCGUAGAGAGCGAAAAUAUAGUGAAUGUGGAGUCCAAGGAGAGCGCAUAUACUGAAUGCCAGUUCUGGGAAGAGCGCAUAUCAGUGAAUGCCAGUUCUGGGGAGAGCGCAUAUAGUGAAUGCGGGGUCCAGGGAAGCGGAUAUAGUGAAUGCGGGUGUCCAGGGAGAGCGGAUAUAGUGAAUGCGCGGGUCCAGGGAGAGCGGAUUAUAUUGAACAGCUGGGUCUGGGGAGAAGCGGAUCAUAGUGACUGAAGGAUCCGUGCAGGCAGAUAUAGUGUAUGCGGGUGUCCGGGGGAGAGCGGAUAUUGUAAAUGCCGGUGGUCCGGGGAGAGCGGAUUUUAUAGUGAAUGCAGGGUUCCGGGUAGAUAGGAUAUUAUAGUGAAUGCAGGGUCUGGGGUG